GAAAUGAUCAUCCAAAUGACAUGAACGAAAGAAUGCCAGACCAGGGAAAGUUACGUCACUGCAAGAUGUCGUCACUACACUCAAAAGGCAAGCAAAAUUGUGGGGGGUACUCAAAACAUUCCCAACAUGAACCUGCCAACAACGGAAUUGAAGACAUCAAAAGCGACCAAUCAAAGAUGCGUCAUCCAAAACAGCAAGGCGUCUUAUACACAGCCGUGGAGGAAAUGUGCAGUCAAUGCGAACACGACAUAGAAUAUCAGCAUGUGCUAAUGAAGUGCCAGGGUAUGGCGGUGCCAAAGACUGAAGACAGACACUGCCUUGCAAAUUCACAGCA